AUGAUGAAUAUGCUUUCAUCUGCUUCGCUGAACAGCAGCAGCAGCACUGAGAGCAGCAGCAGCAGCGUCAGCAGCAACGAAAGAUGCGCCAUGACUCCUGCUGCUUCUCUAGGGUCGUCCCCCGCAGCUGCAGCGCAGGUGCGGCCAGCAGUCUCCCCACCGGCUGCUGCUGCUGCUGCUGCUGCUGCUGCUGCUGCUGCUGCUGAGGGGUCGCCUGCUGCCUCGCUUAGGACAUUCUUGCGGCCCUUUGCAGGCGCCCAGCAGCAGCAGCAGCAACAGCAGCAGCAGGAGCAGCUGCAGCAGCAGCAGCAGCAGCAACUGACACUGGUAGCAGGAGCGCAGUUGCCUGCAGCCCCGCAGAGCCUUGAGCGGAAGGCGGAAGACAGCUGCUGCACAGCAGCGCAGCAGAGGGAGUUACUGGGGCGGCCCCAGAAAGCUGCAGCAGCCCAGAAGCAGCAGCAGCUCCUCCUGCAGCAGCCGCUGCUGCUGCAGCAGCGACAGCAGCAGCUGCUGCUGCAGGCUCUGCUGCAGCUCUUCUCUUUCUUUUCUUUCCAGAGAGGUGGCUUCGCUAGCCACGACCUGCGCUUCUUUUAG